AUUUGGUCCGAGUCUCCAAGACAACAACUCAGACUGCACUACAGGUCGCAGCCGACAGUCACGAUUGCGAUCAUGGCCUCAGAAGUUGCGAUCAUGGCCGACAGUCACGAUUGCUUUGAUUUGAUCCAACGUGUUGCGCUCACAGCCUCACAACUGUCCGCACAAUCUCCAUCGCUUAUCUUCAACUCCAGUAGAAGAAAAAAAAAUUCUGACAACAACCUUGGUAGAAAAUCUGCACUAUACAGUUAAACCACAGACCGGCAAUGCAUGAAAAUAUCUACUGUAUACACCAUAGACUCCUGUAUAUAUACGAAACACUGAAUACAACAUUCGAGAAAGCAGCAAGCCAGUAGCAAAAUGACUUCCAGUAAGCACCGCCUCCACGUCCUCCUGCUCUUGCUCAUAUGCUCCUGCUCCAUACAUGCUGCAGCCAAGAAAAACACAACAUUCCCUUGCCUCCCGGAUCAGGCUUCUUCCCUCCUCCAGCUAAAACGCUCAUUCAUCGACGUCGAUGAAAACCUGGCGUCAUGGCGAGCUGGAAGUGACUGCUGCCACUGGGUGGGUGUCACCUGUGACAUGGCCUCCAGCAGAGUCAUUUCCCUAGACCUCGGUGGGUUUGACAUGCAGGGCCGUCGUCUUGACCCUGCACUCUUCAACCUCACCUUCCUGAGAAACCUCAGCCUUGCUUCAAUUGACUUUGGUCAGGCUCAGCUCCCGUUGUAUGGGUUUGAGCGGCUCACGAAUAUGAUCCACCUCAACUUCUCCAAAACUAAUUUUCUGGGCCAGAUCCCAAUUGGAAUUGCCCGUCUCGAGAACCUUGUCACCCUGGAUUUUUCUGGUUAUUAUAAUGUGUUGUAUCUUCAAGACCCAAGCUUUGAGACCUUCAUGGCAAACCUAAGCAACCUGAGGGAGCUCCGUCUUGAUGGAGUGGACAUCUCCAACAAUGGAUCAACCUGGUCGGUUGUUUUAGUACAAUCUGUUCCUCAACUACAAACUCUUAGCUUGGGUCAGUGUGGUAUAUCUGGUCCUAUCCACCCUUCCUUCUCAAGGCUUCAUUUACUAAGGGAGAUCGAUCUGGCAUACAAUAAGCUCACCGGCAAGGUUCCUGAGUUCUUUGCCGAGUUUUCUUCCUUGAGCAUUCUUCAAAAGCACCCUCAUUCUGCACAACGCCUCCUCCUCUGCUGCUCCGCCCUCCACUCUCUGCCAUGACCUCACGUAGGAGUCAUUCCUAGCCCCGUGUGUAGGUCUGUCAGGCGGCACCGGGCCCGGGCGGGCCAGGCCCGUUAAGCCUGACGGGGCUUGUAAAAUAGCCCGGGCCCGUCUCAGCCCGGCAAGGAGAAAAUAAAAUAAAAACGUUAACUGGGCACAUCCCAACAAAGAGAAAAAACCAAAAAAUAAAAGUAUAAUGCUGAUUGGGCUCAACCCAACAAGAGAGGAUGCAAAAAAAAAAAGCGGAAAGAGGCCCAGGCCCAGCUGCUGGAAGCCUGGUAUGAAAAAUUUAAAAAUAAAUGGGCCGGGUCGGGCCUGCCCUAGGGCCUGAGGACGGAGCCUAAAGCACGGCCCGGCCCUGUCCGUUUAUGUUCGUGCCGGGCUUGGCCUGCCAGGCCACCCCCGAUGGUCAUCUAUAUUUCCACUUUGUCCUGCCCAAUGGCUGACUAUUGUGGUGCAGUCCCUACAAGGCUACAAGACGCAAGCGGCAGAUAGACCCUAGCGGCAGAGAUAUGUGGGGUACGAUGGAUGCAGGGUUUUAUGAGUAUAGGAGGCUGCACGGUGGAAUUAUGGAAGGAAUGAUCGUAGCCAGCUCAUUAGCGAAAAUUGAUGGACGGUGGUCAACACCCUUUCUGGCCACCGACGAACUUCUACCUAUCCCUUCCGUAUCCUUCCCCUUCCCACUCUAUGGCCUUAUUUGGUUCGCAGGAUUUUGACAACAUAGGAAUAGGAAAAGUGGAGGAUUGGAAUGCCAUGCACAUUACAAUCCAUAGGAUUUUAAAAUGAGGUCUCACCUAAUGCUUAGAAUCCUUAGGAAUUAGGCCAAUUUGGACAUUCCUUAGAAAUCUAGCAUGUCCAUUCCUACGAAACAAAUGCUACACAUAGGGAAAACUCCUAAAGGUUGAAAUCCUGUAGAAAUCCUUUAAGAAUCCUGCAAACCGAAUGAGCCGUCUCUGUAUGUUUUUCCUUUUUUGAGAUCUCUUCUUUCUUCAUUCUCGACAGCGUCCCUCUUUCGAACUCCUCGCGCCGCUUCACCUCCCCUUUCCUCGCGCCUUCUCCGCUGGGCUCUCCUCGCGGCUCGCGCCACCGCAACCGCCAUUUCCUCGCGUCACGGAACCCUUCUCUUCUCCCCGCGCUGCCACGUCCAUCUCCACGUGCCACCGUGCUCUCCGACAGCGGCCGCCACGCCUCCCUAUGGCCUUGAUCAGGGGCACGUGCAUUGUCCAUGGCUGGAUCCAGUGGCCCUAGGUGCCGUCACCGCAGCUUUGCUCCGCACGGCCAUCACUCGCCGGUGGGAGGUCGCAUCAAGUCGCCGCCUGGAGGCCAUCGUCUCAUCACCGCCAUGGGAGCCAACGCCGACUGGCAAGUCUUGCUUUUUUUUUCAAUUUCUGGAGAAUUAAAAGCUCGAAAUAAAUUGAAAGUGCAAAAAUCAAAAGCCGCCCCCCCCCCCAAAAAAAAUAACCCAAAGUUGAUAAAAUCAAAAGUUUAAUGACUAACAUUUAAAAGUUGAAAAAACAAAAAAAAUCGAAUCCCGGCAAACAAUUAAUGUUCUUUAAACCAUACCUAACAACUGAGUAUAAUUUUGCUCGAGUCGUGAUGUUUUGAUGUAACCGAAUCAAUCUUUUAUACUCCUAUCCAUAAUAAAUCUUUGACAUUUAUUAUGGAUCGGAGAGAGUAUAAUUUUUUUAUGGAAACUAUUUCGGGUUUUCUUAGCAUGACAAGAGGGUACCCCCCCCCCCUCUUAGGGCCCCCACCCUUUGAUGGAAGGUUUACCCAAGGGGCCAAGGGGAUCCUAGCACGACAAGUGGCACGUGCUGGCUGAGUUUGGUUCCGACAUGAGCCUUCCUUUGCGACACGUGUCGUGUUCUAUUUACGAGGUGGGAUUUUGCUUGCUUUCCAACAUAAAUUUUUUGAAAGAGUAUUUAGAUUACAAUCUAUUUACGUCAUUGUAUUGCUCUGGCGUGAUCUUCAAAAAUUCAACACGUUUUGAUGUUUAAAAUUUUGAGCACUAUUGAUAAUAUUUCUCUGUGUAUGUUAAAAGCUUAUACUUAAUAGAGAGUAAAAUGUAGUUACUAUCUUCACAAAGUAAUGAGCAUCAUUCAGCUUGUUUCCAUA